AUGGCUCGCCCCGUUCUUGACAUGCUCCUUCAGGUCGCCGUCGUGCUGUCCGCGCUGUUGGCCGCCGCGCGCGCCGCGUUCACCCCGGCGGACAACUACCUCGUGCUCUGCGGCACGGCGGCGAACGCCACGGUCGACGGCAGGACGUUCCUCGGCGACGCCAGCCUCCCCGCCUCGGUGCUGUCGGCGCCCCGGGGCUCCGAGGCCAACGCGUCGGCGAUGGGGUCGGCCAGCAGCUCCGACGAUCCGGCGCUGUACCAGUACGCGCGCGUGUUCGCGGCGCCGUCCUCGUACACGUUCGCGGUCAAGACUCCAGGGCGACACUUCGUGCGCCUCCACUUCUUCCCCUUCCGGUACCAGUCCGGUGACCUCGCCGCGGACGCCAGGUUCAGCGUGUCCGUGCAGGGCCUGGUGAUCAUCGACGGGUACGCGCCCGUCAACGGCACGGCCGUGGUCCGGGAGUUCUCGGUGAACGUCGCUGGCGGCACGCUGGCGAUCGCGUUCACGCCGACGCCGACGGGAAAGGUGGCGUUCGUGAACGCCAUCGAGGUCGUGUCGCACCCCGACAACCUCUUCGCCGACACGGCGCAGAAGGUGAACCCCAUGGGCCAAUACACGGGGCUGUCCACGCAGGCGCUGGAGACGGUUCACAGGGUCAACAUGGGCUCUCCCAAGAUCACGCCCAGGAACGACACGCUGGGGAGGACGUGGCUUCCCGACGAGAGCUUCCUGGUCGACAGUUCCGUCACGGUCCACAGAGAUGUGCCGCCCUUGACGCUCCGGUGGACGGCAGGCUUCGCGACCGCCGAGACGGCGCCAGACAUGGUCUAUGCUACAGCGACGGAGAUCAACACGACUCUGAUGUCCGCCAGCACCAUAAGCGUGCAGUUUAACAUGACAUGGAAAUUACAAGCCACGCCGGGGUCGGCGUACCUGCUCCGGCUACACUUCUGCGACAUAGUCAGCAAGGCGGCGAACGUAUUGGUCUUCAACGUCUACGUCGGCGGAUGGGCUGUGCUGCCGGACUACGAGAUCUCCAGAGACACUUACGGCAUCCAGGCCGUGCCGUUGUACAAGGACUUUGUGCUCAGCGCCAAGGACGCCAAGGGCAACAUCACAGUGAGCAUCGGGACGUCCACGCUGGGCAACGCGGACCCAGACGGCGUCCUCAACGGCCUCGAGAUCAUGAGAAUGAUCGGGAGCACCGGCGGCGGUGGCGCCGCCUCGUCGCAGAGCGGUUCAAAGAAAACCACCAUCGCAAUCGUCGCCGGUUCGGCCGUCGCGGGAGCCACGGUGAUGAUGGCUGUCGCGCUCAUUGUCCUCACGAUGGUGAACCUGGCGGAGUGGGCCACGCAGCGGCUCAAGAACGGCGAGCUCGACAGCAUCGUCGACCAGCGGAUCGCUGUGUCGAUACGGCCGGAGUCGCUCAAGAAGUUCGUUGACACCGCGGAGAAGUGCCUCGCGGAGUACGGCGUGGAGCGGCCCGCCAUGGGGGACGUGCUCUGGUGCCUCGAGUUCGCGCUGCAGCUGCAGGAGGCGUCGCCGGACAGCUCUGGCACAGACAGCACGCAGCUAGUUCCCAGGAGUGCGUCCAGAUUCCAUCGCAACCAGUCGACCGUCAGCGACGGGACAGAGGCCACCGUGUCAGCGAACUUGGGGGACCUUGAUGGUAUGUCGAUGACGAGAGUUUUUUCCAAGAUGAUCAAGAGCGAGGAGGCUAGGUGA